AUGCCCACGGCCAGCGCGAUGCCCUGGGGGGAGGCUGUGAGCGGCGGCACCCACCUCCCGCCCACCACCCUGAGGCGCCCGCACCCAGGGGCGACCCCGACACAGCCCAGGUGUGAAGGGAGCCCCGAGGGCUGGCCCACCCUGCUCCCCUGUCCCCACCCUCCCAACCCCCCCACCCCCCAACCCCAUCCACCCAUCCCCAUCCCACCCCACCACCAUCCUACCCCCACCCCCACAAACCACCCACCCCCAUCCCAUCCCACCCCCCCACCCCACCCCCCCACCCCACCCCACCCCACCCCACCCCCCCCACCCCCACCCCCCCCACCCCACCCCACCCCACCCCCCCCCCCACCCCCACCACCACCCCACCACCCCACCCCCACCACCCCACCCACCCCACCCACCACCCCACCCCCACCACCAUCCUACCCCCCACCCCCACCCCCCCACCCCACCCCACUCCAUCCCCAUCCCACCCCACCACCAUCCUACCCCCCACCCCCACCCCACCACCCCACCCCCCCCCACCCCCCCACCCCCACCCCCCCACCCAACCCACCCCACCCCACCCCCCACCCCCACCCCACCCCCCCACCCCACCCCCACCCCCCCCCACCCCACCCCACCCCACCCCCACCCCCACCCCCCACCCCACCCCACCCCACCCCACCCCACCACACACCACCAUCCUACCCCCCACCCCCACCCCCCCCCCCCACCCACCCCAACCCCACCCCACCCCAUCCCACCCCACCACCAUCCUACCCCAACCCCCACCCCAACCCCCACCCCACCCCCCCACCCCACCCCACACCAUCCCAUCCCACCCCACCACCAUCCUACCCCCCACCCACACCCCACCACCCCACCCCCAUCCCCAUCCACACCCCCCCCCCACCACCCCCCCACCCCACCCCACCCCACCCCACACCACCCCAACCCCCCACCACCCACCCACCCACCCCACCCCCCACCCUCACCCCCCCCACCCCACCCCCACCCCCACCCACCCCCCACCCCCCACCCCACCCCACCCCA